GAGCCUGCACCGCCCGCAAGCGCAUCUAGGUAUCGUGGAUGUCUCCCGCUCCGGCCGCAUUCCCCGUCUCCAAGUCGGCUUCCACUGCCAACCUCGAGUUUGAUGGCAACAGUUGUAUGGGUGUUUUGUUGGUGGGAGAAAGAUAGAUUGAGCAUGCACAACUCAUCGGAAGGUGCCAACCACAGCCAUGCUCUUGGCGCUCUCCGCCAUGUGCCCUCCUGCUUUCAACCCCGCCCCCACCUAGUUGAUGACCCAAGGUCGUCUGAAGCUUGUGGUUGCCAUCCAUCUGGUGGUGACCCGGCACCCUCCUCCUCACGAAGACUUUCACAAUGAUCGGGCUCCUUCCUCGCCAACAACAAGGCCACGAGAAUGGUCCUGUAAGAAAUCAUUAAAACUGAUUCGUGAUACCAGUACCCAGACAUUUGGAAGUAACAAAGCAAGAUGGUUCAAUUACCCGAGCCACAUGGAAAUUGAACUUAUCAUGUCAACAAAAUUAUGGUGGAUGGGAGGCUAUCUUUGUGCAUCAAGAUGGAGAAGCUUUUUUAAGCGUUGGGGAGGACUUGACAAUAUUCACGGUGCACUCCAGGUUGAGGCGAUGACACAAGGAAGGAGAUUAGCAUCGGAAUUAACAUGGGGACCUAUGCCUAAUGCGACAUUGUUGGGAGAUGCACGAUGUCCUUCAGAAGAUCCUAUUUCCAACAGCCAAGAUGGAGAGGUUCAGUGAGGAACCCACAUCCAUGACGUAACUUACG